AUGGAACUUGCACCGAAUGCCGCCCCACUUAGCCAGGCGUGUGAUGGUGAACAUGCGGUGUCGCAAAACGCCAGUGGUACGGGACCGCGAGUCAAUCGUAAAGCUACGAACUUGAUAGUGGAUACUCAAUAUGAAAGCAUGCUUCGUGAGCUUGCCGAUAUUCACUGGAGUUUCAAUUUCCUUUCUGGUUCCGCUGGUUGGAUAUUGCUGGCUGGCUACCUUGUCAUUCCCGGAACAUUCACGACACUUCAAGCAUCCGAUACCAUGAAAAAUGGACUGCCCCAGAAUAAUGCAGAAAGAGCUAUCCUUAAUACUAUCCAAAAUCCACCAUUGGUGGGCAUAGCAUGCUCUUUACUUGCGAUCGGCGCAGGCCUUACGGCCUCCCUUUUUCUUCGCUGGAAACAUAAUUAUUUGUGGCUUAUUAACCGGCUAUUUAUACCAACCUCGCUGAAUGCAUCAGCUGGACUUCUCACGACAAUCAUUAAUAUUUAUACAGCGAAGAAUGGAAAAUGGUCCAUCAUGUCUCUGCUGACAGUAAUUAUAACAGCCCUUUCCGCGGCUGUCUCGCUAGCCUUAACUGUUUUUUAUAAGUUCUGGAAAAUGGAGAGAAUUAAAAGACAGCACGACCUGGAACAGGAAGCUGGCUGGCGCCUAGUCUACCCUUAA